GGCGUCGCCAGGUGACCGCACGGAUUGAGGAUCGGAGAAUCCACAGAGCGGAGCCCGAGGGGGGCGGCGGGAGAGAUGGCGGAGGAGUACGGUGAACCAGCGAAAUAUGACCCAAAGUUCAAAGGUCCGAUCAAAAAUCGGAGCUGCACAGACAUCAUCUGUUGUAUCCUGUUUAUGGUGUUUAUUCUCGGGUACAUUGUGGUUGGUAUUCUAGCCUGGCUAUAUGGAGAUCCACGUCAGGUGAUCUAUCCCCGAAAUUCUACAGGAAUGUACUGUGGUGUUGGGGAAAACCAGGACAAGCCCUUCGUGUUGUACUUUGAUUUGCUGAAAUGCAUCACUGGCACAAACGUCUUGGCAUCUGCGCUGAAUGGGUUACAGUGCCCAACCACCCAGGUGUGCGUGGCACAGUGCCCGUCCAAGUUCCAAUAUAUUUUACCUGUUGGCGGCCCUAAAGAUAUCUUCAUUCAGACUUACUGCCAACCCAGCAUCAAUCUGAGCACCACACCACUGACUGUGUCUCAAAUCAUUAACCAAGAGCUGUGUCCUGUGUUUUUGGUUCCCUCUACUCCAUUCUUUAACAGGUGCUUUCCCAGUGCGAAUCUCAGCUUCCCUGCGGAUUUUACUAUCGACAACAAGAACGUAAACCAGUCGCGGGACAGUAUAGUCAACGCAACCAACCAAAUAUUGGAUUCUUUUAACUUCCAGAACCUGGGAAAGAAGAUUUUUCAGGACUUUGCCAAGUCUUGGUCCUGGAUCCUCAUAGCUUUGGCUAUAGCUAUGGUGGUGAGCCUCCUCUUCCUCAUCUUGUUGAGGUUCACUGCUGGCAUCCUGGUGUGGCUGCUCAUCGUUGGUGUAAUAGGGGUUAUUGCUUAUGGCAUCUAUCACUGUUAUAUGGAGUACGACACCCUCAACAAAAAAGGGUCAACUAUAAACAAUGUGGGCUUCACCACCAACCUGAGUGUCUACGGCAGCGUGAAAGAGACCUGGCUGGCUAUCUUGAUUGUCCUCGCUGUGGUUGAAGCCAUUCUGUUACUACUCUUACUGUUCCUGCGGAAGAGAAUCCUCAUUGCGAUCGCGUUGAUAAAAGAGGCCAGCAGGGCUAUUGGUUACAUCAUGUCUUCCCUGUUCUAUCCCAUCGUCACCUUUGUUCUUCUGGUUGUCUGUGUGGCGUACUGGGGCAUUACAGCUCUAUACCUGGCCACCUCCGGAGCUCCAUUAUAUGUUGUGUCCACCUUGAACAGUAGUGGCCCGGGGUGCUCCAACAUAACUGGUAAUGUUUCCUGUGACCCAAUGACAUUUGACAUUCCCAGCACCGGCUGCCCUGAGGCUCGCUGUAUUUUCUACAAGUAUAAUACCGAAGGACUCUUCCAGCAAAACCUCUUUAACCUGCAGAUCUACAAUGUCUUCGGCUUCCUAUGGUGCAUUAACUUCGUCAUCGCCCUUGGCCAGUGCGUCUUAGCCGGGACCUUCGCUUCCUAUUAUUGGGCUUUCCACAAACCUAAAGAUAUCCCGUACUUCCCCGUGUCUGCCGCUUUCAUGAGAACCUUGAGGUAUCACACUGGGUCACUGGCCUUUGGGUCUCUCAUUCUCACUAUUGUUCAGAUGAUCAGAAUCAUCCUGGAGUAUCUGGACCACAAGCUAAAAGGGGCACAAAACCCAUGCACCCGCUUCCUCCUCUGCUGCCUCAAAUGUUGCUUCUGGUGUCUGGAGAAGUUUAUCAAGUUCUUGAAUCGAAACGCUUAUAUUAUGAUCGCAGUGUAUGGAAAGAACUUCUGUGUUUCUGCUAAAAAUGCCUUCAAGCUGCUGAUGAGAAACAUUGUGAGGGUGUUUGUCCUGGACAAGGUCACAGAUUUGCUGAUCUUCUUUGGGAAGCUGAUUGUUGUUGGUGGAGUAGGAGUCCUUGCGUUUUUCUUCUUUUCUGGUCAAUUACCAAUUCCAAACGAUGCCUUUAAGUCACCAACUUUGAACUACUACUGGAUACCAAUUUUGACUGUGGUGGUGGGGUCAUACAUGAUCGCUCAAGGCUUCUUUAGCGUGUACAAUAUGUGUGUGGACACCCUCUUCCUGUGCUUCUUGGAAGACUUAGAACGCAACGAUGGUUCCCCAGAGAAGCCAUAUUACAUGCCAAAGUCUCUGAUGUCCAUCCUGAACAAGAAGAACCGAUCUGCAGAGUCCGAAGGCAAAAAGAAGAAGAAAAAAUAAUCACUUUGCCGGAGGAGAUUCACAUGUGAUUUUAUUAUUAUUAUUA